CGGGAGAGGCGUAUAAAAGGAGGCCACAGUGCAUUCCCAAUACCACAGUCUGACGGUGCUUCUUUCCCAGCAGCCUUCACCCAAACCAACCUCCAGCCAUGGCCUUUAACGGAAACUGGAAGAUCGACCACAGCGAGAACUACGACAAGUUCAUGGAAAAAAUGGGUAUUAAUAUCGUGAAGCGAAAGCUGGCGGAGCACGACAACCUGAAUCUCACCAUUGAGCAGACUGGGGACAAGUUCCAUAUCAAAGAGUCCAGCACCUUCCGUACCAAAGACAUCGACUUCACCCUGGGUGUCGCAUUUGACUACAACCUGGCGGACGGCACUGAAGUCUCAGGUACGUGGGUGAUGGAAGGAGACACGCUCAAUGGCAAAUUCACCAGGAAAGACAACAAUAACGUCUUAACCACCACAAGAACUGUGGUGAACGGAGAGCUUGUACAAACUUACAACUAUGAGGGAGUGGAUGCGAAGAGAAUUUUCAAGAAGCACUAACCUGAAAUCUGAUGCUUAGAUUUUAUUUUUAUAUAGAUGACACAACAUAGAUGUUGGAUUUUUUUUUAUAAUAGUAAGACAUGGCUAAGUCAUCUGUGUUAUUGUGAUAUUUUAUACCUCAGAGUGUAGGUGUAGCUAGGGACAUAAAUUUCUAGGGAAGUUUUCUAGAUAGUGGUGAUGUAAACAAGGCCUUCACUUACUUUUACCAAAUCAUCAAAGUGGUUCAGACGAUAAAUGCGCUAAAAGCAAAAUCAAAGUGUUGUGAAAAUGGAUCACUUCUUUCAAAUGCU